AUGAGCGGCAAUAGCAAGAUACCAUAUCAAUCGGCAUCCCAUGCCGCCGGUGGACUUUUGCCGAUCCACGCAUCUAGGCCGAUUUCAUUCCUCAAUCCAACUCGGCAGCGCCUUGCGCCCCUGCGCAAGACAAGAAAAGACCAAGAAGGCCAUGUAGACAGCCAACAGCAAGUGGCUGAUGACAGUCAACCCCAUGUGGAAUAUCUUUGGCGGUCGCGUGACAAUCGGAAAGGCCGUCAUGCAGUGCAUAUUCGAUAUACACCAGCUCAUCUUCAACAACGGCAUAUCCUUCCUGAAAGCACGGCACAUUUACGCCCCAUCCUGCAAAACAUUCUUCGUAUGAUGACGCAUUUUCCUUACUGGGACGUGUCCUAUCUGGUAGCAACUAUUUUCACCUUUGGCUCUGUAAUUUGGGUGAUCAAUUCGUUCUUCGUCUGGCUACCGCUGCAAGACCCCUCUACGGAAUUUCCCAAUGAAUCCUUUACUGCCGGUGGCGUGACCGCCUUUAUUGGAGCCUCCGUUUUUGAAAUAGGAAGUGUAUUACUUCUAUUAGAGGCAAUCAACGCUAAUCAGACCAGGUGCUUCGGUUGGGCCGUUGAAACUGUCAUCAAGAGACACGAGUCGCACGAGGAUCUGAUAAGCACCACCGAGGUCAAGCCCGAGGAAUGCACUCAUCACCACUCUGAGAGACACUCCUUGUUUCGGGAUGGAUUGAAAGAAUCUACCCCUGACUUUAAGCGAUCCUUUCAAUGGCUACCUUCCCUAGCCGAUUUGCGGUCACACUAUCUUCACGAACUGGGAUUUUUGGCAUCGCUUAUCCAGAUGAUUGGUGCCACCGUAUUCUGGAUUUCUGGUUUUACAGGUCUACCUGGGAUAUUGAAUUAUAUGAGUCAAGGUUUAACUGAUGGUAUAUUCUGGGUCCCGCAGAUUGCAGGAGGAACUUGUUUCAUUUUAAGCGGCCUUUUAUUCACAGUUGAAACACAGCCAAGGUGGUAUAUCCCUGCUCCCAAAGUUCUGGGGUGGCACAUAGGAUUUUGGAAUUUCAUCGGCGGGAUUGGAUUCACGCUCUGCGGCGCCCUAGGCUUAGCAUCGAGUUCGUCAUCUGGAGUGGCAUACCAGUCCUCGCUGGCCACUUUCUGGGGCUCAUGGUGUUUUCUUCUCGGCUCUGCCUUGCAGUGGUAUGAAAGUUUACAGAAAUAUCCGGUUGAGACGAAAAAAGAGUCCAUCUGA